UGUGUGUGUGUGUAAGAGGAAGAUCAGCAGUUUUGUGUUCACACUAAUUCUGAGAACUGGACAUUCGGAACACAUUUAGAUGAAUCUUUCAUGAACAGAGAAAUGAAAUCAGUGAAGAAGCUCAUCAUCAUUUACUCUCUAUUUCAAGCUGUUUUGUGUAGAGAAUUCUCCAUCAGUCUACCAGAGAGGACAGAAGCUCUGAGAGGACUCUGUGUUCUCACACCCUGCAGUUUUCAGAUUGAAAAAGGAUUUGACGAAGACCUCCAGGGAGAUCCUACAGGAAUCUGGUUAACAAAUGGCACUAAAGAGAAUAACAAAGUCUUUAACUCUAAAGUAGCUACAGAGAACAAGAUUGAAGGUGAAAUUAUUGGAGAUCUCCUCAUGAAGAACUGCACCACCAUCUUCUACAACAUCAGUGAGAGUGACAGAGGAACAUAUUACUUUAGAUUAGAGGCUACAGGAGGUCUAAAAAACACUUAUACAACAUCAGUAUCAGUAAGAGUUCAAAAAUCUCCAAUCAGACCCUCAAUAACACUGUAUAAGGAGGAUCAGGGGGAGGUGGAGGACCACAAUGAGGUGGUGGAGGGAACUUCACUGAGUCUCAUUUGCUCUGCUCGAUCUCCAUGUCCCUUCAAACCCCCUAUUAUUACAUGGAGCUUCCUGCCUGAGGAGAGAAGACAGGAGCAGAACCACAACACCAGCUUCAGCUCCUCAAAGCUGAACUUCAACAUUACUCACCUGCAUCAUGGACUCGAUUUCACCUGCACUGCCACCUACCAGCUCCAGAACCUUAACAAAUCAGUACAGAGCUCUCAUGCUCUACAUGUUCUGUAUGGUCCUAGAAACACAUCAGUAUCAGUGUCUCCAUCUGAUUCAGUACUUUUGGGCAGUUCAGUGUCUCUGAGUUGUAGCAGUGAUGCAAACCCAGCAGUGCUGAACUACACCUGGUACAGAGAGAACGGAGAGCAGAUAGGAACCGGAGACCAUCUCACCAUCAACACGACUGAUUCUACACACAGUGGUUUAUAUUACUGUAGAGCUCGAAACCAGCACAGAGAUCACAACACAUCUGUGUUCCUGGAUGUUCAGUAUGCUCCUCAGGUCUCUCCAUCCUCCAGCUGUAACAGCACUCAGGACUUGAUCAUGUGUUCCUGUGAGGUUCAUGGAAACCCAUCUCUACACUGCAGUGGAGUCUCUAUGGACAAACUGUUCACCUCUCUGAGGCCACACAGAUCAGAGAGGAACCUGUGGGUGACUCGGGUUUAAAAAGCUUUAUCUCCAUCCAAAAAUCAGUUAAGAACGUACACACUCUGCAGUGUGUUGGCUCCAAUAGGCAGGGCGUUGCAUCACAACUCUUCUUGUCCUUUAUUAAUAAAGCUCUGUGCUCUGCUGGAGGUUAGUAAUGUUUUACUUAGUUGUGUUUUACUCCAUUACAGUGUCAAAAUCUUAGUACUGGAUUCUCAUUAUUAAAAAAAUGAAAGUUGGUCUAAGAAUGAAACAGAGACUAAAUUUGGUUCAAUUUACUUUUGUCCUGCACUGUCUUUUGUCCUGCACUGUCUUUUGUCCUGCACUGUCUUUUGUCCUACACCCUAACCCUAACAUUACUGAUUUUAAACCUGACUGCCUCUGCCAUG